AUGGAUUAUUCGUUCUAUUCAAACCAUCCCCAGCAACCUUAUCCUCUCUACGGCGUCCACGGGCUGCCCACCCCCGACCAAGGCAAUCCGGCCCCUCAAGCCGAGGCCAUACAGGGCGCUUUCGCUCCCUUGGGAGCGCAAAACUACCAGCCUUUCGAUCCGAACCUGCGCUUUCAGGAUCCUCACGCAGCCGCUGCCUUCGUUGCCCCGCCACACUCGCCUCCCGAGUCCCUCACCAAGCAGUCGGUUUCCAGCAAUGACUACUCCAAUCAGAACGUUGAUCGAGCCUCUUACGAUGGAGAUGACCAGCUCUUAGACCAAAGUCUUGGCCGGAGCAGCAGCGAGGAGAAAGAGAGUUUGACUCCGGCGCAAUCAAAGCGAAAGGCUCAGAACAGAGCUGCCCAGCGCGCAUUUCGUGAACGCAAGGAACGACAUGUGCGUGAACUGGAGGAGAAAGUUAGCAAUCUUGAAAAUGCAUCGAACACUCUUGUAGCGGACAAUGAGCGAUUGAAAAGAGAGUUGGCAAAGUUCACAACUGAAAAUGAAAUACUUCGGGCAACGUCGACUUCAAUGCGCCAGUCCGGCCAGCGCUCCACCGAUGAGGAACCGACAACGACGGGGCCAUUGCAAUACUCGCCCACGGAUUUCAAGUCCGAUGCCGGUGGGGGUAAUGGCCCUGCCCAUCGCGUCACUAUAUGCGGAAAGACGGGCGAGAAACUCCUUGACGCGGGAGCCACCUGGGAUCUCAUCCAGAAGCACGAGCUCUUCAAGCGUGGCCUAGUGAAUAUUGGCGAUGUCUCGGGCCGGUUGCAAGGUACUGCUCAAUGCGAUGGGCAGGGGCCUGCCUUCCGGGAAAGCCAGGUCCUCCAGGCUAUUGAAGAAAGUGCAGCUGCUGGCAACGAUGACUUGUUGUGA